AUAAGCUAACCAAAACCAUGAUAUUCAAUAUUAAUUCACGUACUUAGACAUCAAAGAUUAUUAAUUGAUACAUACAUAUAUAAACACUGAAAAAUGGCAAAGAGAUUUCACUUUCUUGCACCCUACAAAGAAAUGGUCCAAAAUCUCAAAUCAAGUACCACUCAUAAAGUUGGAAUAGUUAGCAACUUCUCAAUUACAAACCAAUCUCAUGGUGGAGAUCCAUUAGUAGGAGCAAUAAAUCAAGGGUCAGAGAAAGCAAAAGAGGUGUUAGGGAAUGUAGAAGGAGGUGGUAAAGAAAGUGUUGAGACAGCAUGGGAUGCAACAAAGAAAACAGUACAAUUAGUAACGGAUACUACAACUGCAGAGGCUGAUAUGAAUGUUAUGGACACAGUUGAGUAUAGAAGUAGUGAAGAUUUGACUGGUCAACUUGGAGAUGGUUGUGAUAAGAUGCAGUUCUAGUAAUUAAAUCCAUAAGUAUUAAUAAGAGGGUAAUCCUAUAUAUAUUAUAUACUAUGCUUUUUGUUUUGAAUGUUAUCUAUAUAAGUGAUAAAAGGUUGAUGAAAAUGAAAUUAAACAAUGUGAUCUGCUUCAGUUUGUUGGUAUUUGUUUGUUUGGAGCCAAAUAAUUUAUGCAAAUUUCAUUUUUCCUUUUGAGGUA